AUGCCAGGGCCCAGGAUCCUCCGUCCCGGUUUGGCUGCCUUGCUGUGUAUGAUGUUAGCGCUGUCAGUAGGAGGGGAGAUAUGUCAGGACGCCGUGUGCAGCUAUCGGUUUGUCGUCAGGCGGGCGCGAACCAUGACUCACACCCGGACACUGCCGAAUGGUUGGAAACAAAACAACCAGGUCUCAAUCACACACGACGGCCAUCUUGAACUCUUCACAACAUUGACCCUUGACCGUAAUCGUGACGUCAAUGGCACACGUGUUUCAUCAGAUGACGUCAUCACAGCUGACGGUGUACAGAGAAACGUCAUCCUGGUGAACGGCCAGUUCCCAGGACCAGCUAUAGAAGUCAUGGAAGGAGCACAGAUAGCUGUCACUGUUGUCAACCAACUUAUGAUGGACGCCAUCACCAUCCACUGGCACGGUUUGCACAUGCGCAAUACACCGUGGAUGGACGGCGUCCCAUCCGUCACGCAAUGUCCCAUCAUGCCUCACGAGAGCUUCACCUACCGGUUUGCUGCGUUCCCUGCAGGGACGUUCUACUACCACUCCCACAUGAGCAGUCAGAUGGCGGACGGACUGUUUGGUGCUCUCAUCAUACAUAGCAGCAACCCUCCCAUACCUUCCGUCCCCCUCUUGUUUAAUGACUGGUAUCACGAGGAAGCGGAGACGAUGGACAUCGCCAGCAAGCACAAUAUUUACCACGUGGGUGCAGGACAAUUUGAAUUAGCCGAACCCUCUAGAGGGUAUUCCGUAGAUGGUGUAGAAAUCACCGGUCGGAAGUUUGUCUCUGCCUUGAUUAACGGACGCGGAAGGUACAAGUCAAACAAAGCACCCCUGGCGAAGUUUACCGCGGAGGGAGGGCACAAGAUCCGCAUGAGGCUGAUCCACGCGGGGGGUGAUCACGUGUUCAAAGUUUCAAUCGACCAGCAUGCUUUGCGCGUGGUUGCGUCAGACGGCCAUGACAUCAACCCGCUGGCAGUGGACGCCAUCAUUGUGUCACCGGGGGAGAGAUUUGACUUUGAGAUUGACGCCGGAGCCUCUCCUGACUCGUACUGGAUCCGGGCAGAGACUCUCCGAGAGGGAAGCUGUGUGACGUGUACCUGGGACAGCAUCACAGUCACGCCUGAUGACAUCGUUGAAGAGACCAGAGCGGUGUUAGUCUACCAAAACUCCUCUUCGGAUCAAGAUCCAACGUCUGAACCUCGUAACUGUACUCCUGAAAACCCCUGCAUUUUUCUCAACUGCCCAUUUGGAGGGUAUCCGGAAGACCGUCAGAUAGUCUGCAUCAGUAUUGCCAACACCAGUAGUCCAACAUCAUCUAAGGACGACGCAGUUGAAGGUGGCGGUGUUGUGGAAUAUUUCCUGAACCUUGGGUUCCGUGUGGGCUCCAACAUCAACGGCCAUCGGUAUCUUCCGUCGACCGCCCCGCUUUACCAGUCCCCGAGCACCAACAUGAUCACCCCCUGUCCAACAGACUGCCAGGGCUGCAAAUGCACGCAUAUUUUGAACCUGCCCUUCAACAAGACCAUCCAGCUUGUUCUGGCAGGUUACAUUACUACAUCUACGGGAUUCCCAGCUCAUCACAACGUUCAUAUUCAUGGAUACACCUUCGAUGUUGUGGCCUCGGGUUAUCCUAGCUUCAACAGGACUACAGGGAUCUUCACGCACAGCAAUCCAGAUGUGGUGUGCAGCAAUGAGCUAUGCACUACCGUCAAAUGGCGCCAGGGGUCGCCUCCUAUCAAAGUGAAGAACGCACCACGAAAGGACACGGUCAUACUCCCAGCCCGCGGAUACACAGUUGUCCGAUUCAGGUCUGACAACCCAGGUUUCUGGUUCCUCCACUGUCACCAGUCCAUGCACCUGGCUGAGGGGAUGGCCAUGGUGCUGAACGUGGCGGGAGACCGUCACCCAGCGCCACCUAGCGGUUUUCCCAAGUGUGGUAACUUCAGCUGGAGUGAGGAGGACUAUGAGGCCGCCAUGUCAGGAGAUUGGCAAGCUAAUAAAAAGUACUGGGAUCAGCUGCUGGAGGCGCUGCUGCUACGGCAGGACUGA